UUGCACCGAAGUGAAGGACUUGUCAGCUCGUUGUUUUCCCAAUAAAUUAGAGGCUCCUGAGACCUGACGCGCUCAGGUGAGGGCUUGGCACAGACACGGCGACAUAAAAACGCACCUUCUUCACUAACCGCGCCCGGUGUACAGGCCACUGAUAUUUUUUGCAACUGGAACGGAACUAUACAUCUCUGCUGGCGCAGCGUGUGAGAGAACUCCAACUUCCCUGCCUUCAUGUGUACUUUUUCAAGAACGCAUUUUUGCUGAAAAUAAGCGUUAAGGUUCGGAAUUGAUCUCUAGUGGAUGGAACUGGAUGUGUGACAAUUAUGGAUGACAGUCCCACAUCCAGCCCGAGCUCUAGCCCGAGUCCCGACGCGCUGCCUGCAGACCGGAGGCGCGGGCGCGUGCUUUCUGCAGGCGGUGGUCUCGGGACCAGGGGGCGACCGGCAGCAGCCAACGCUGCGCGCGAGCGGAGUCGCGUUCAGACCCUCAGACACGCGUUUCUGGAGCUCCAAAGGACCCUGCCAUCGGUACCUCCCGACACCAAACUGUCCAAACUCGACGUGCUCAUAUUAGCCACAACAUACAUUGCACAUCUGACCAAAACCCUGCAGGAAGAGGGCAUGGAAGAAGGAGACGGCGCAAAACGGAGCGAGCCGUUAAAUUCACUCAAAGGCGGCGGUUACCUGCAUCCUGUCAAAAAAUGGCCCAUGCGCUCCAGGUUGUAUAUCGGUGCCAGUGGCCAGUUCCUGAGUCACUCAGGCCAGAAUGAAAAUCAAGGAGCAUCAUCAUCAACAUCCUCCCAGACAUAAUCCCUUUGCACACAAGACUUUCUUUUAAUUAAAAUGAAGGUUUAAAUGAUCAUUUCAGGUUGUUUGCAGAGCCAAACAUGUGGACCACCUCAGUUGUAAGCGCUCAAGAUGAUUAACUAGCGCCUUAAAUCGUCUUAAUGAGUCACUCUGCAAAGGAAUUAAAACUAUUAUUUCCUUUUUUAUUUUUUUUCACCAAUUUCAUAUUGAAAUGAGUACAAAUAUGAAACAAACGACUGCAUGGCGAUUGUGUUGCUGCGUGUUUACGGCACACUUACAUGUAACCUAAUUAUUUGACAUUUGUACAUAAUUUGUAUAUAAUCAACCGUGAUUUUUAUGUCUUACUGAAUAGAUGAGGGUCUCUGCUCAAAAUUCUGUGUCUUUCAAUUCCGUACUUGGAGGUUUUGUGUAGCUAUGUCGGGAUAACGAGCUGUCAUGCUUGACUUGUUGGCUAUGCACUUUCAGUUAAAGUAUUUGCACUAAAUGCAUGUGUGAAUAAAGUAACAUUUGUCAUGUGAAGAGGUCUGUCAGGAUCACAACAAUGGUUGGACUAAGUCUAGCAGAAACCCUGUUCUUUCCUUUCACGUACUUGGUUGUCGGUGUAUUUGUGAGUUGUAAAUAAAAAUUAAAAAAAGACCCAUAAUUUAAAACUACUUGCCACUUUCAGAUUAUGAUAUUAGCGAAAAUAAUUGUAUUGUAUAAUUCAAAUGUUUUCAGUUUGAAAACAAGGCCUGGAUGAUGUCAUGAUUACACAACUUCUGCUUGGAAAUUCGUUGAAACAAGAAACGCAUUCACAUUGUCUACUAGUGUGUUUUUGUCUUAGUAAUUUAUAUAGUUCAUUAAAUAAAAUAAAAUACAGCAUGAAUUCACUUGUCUGCUGACUGACUCACCAAAGACAGAAAGAUAGAUGGGCAUUUAAUACUCACAUGUUACUAAACUAUAUAUUAUUUCUUAAGUCCACAAGGUAGAGGUCAGUAAAUGUCGAUUUUGAAAUGAAAGUGACUAACAGAAUCUACUUAAACCUCAUUAAAUAAGGAAAACUAAACAGACUUUCUUGUUUAAAUAAUCUUUAGGUGGUACUUAUGCUUGGUAGGAAUAAAAAACACUUUUAGUAUUUGUAAGAUGUCACUAUAACAUGGGUGUUUUCAGUCGUCACUACAUCAGUCAAUUUUCCUGCCAGGUAUUGAUGCUAAUUCAUCUAUGAGCUUUGAGUGUUUAUUUUUCACCACAUCAGUAUUUUUUUAUGGACUAUAUGUAGACUUGCGUGAUCUGCUUAAAAAUGUGAGGUGAAUUUAGGCAUACUGAAACACUUUUUUCCACCUUACCUGAGUUUAAAACAAAAUACCCCAACAUAUAUUUCUGAAAUCCUCAAGAUGCUGACUAUCUACAUGUGAAGGAAAAAUGUUUAAACAAGCAAGAAUAAAGCAGCAUGGCAAGUUUUUUUUUUUUGAAAACUGACUGAAAACCAUUUUUAAUCCUGUUUUUUUUUUUUUUUUGGAAAUUUGGGAUAGCAUAUCUGGGAAUUUGGGACGCAUAUUUUCAUUUAUUUAGGCCUUCACGUUCAUGUGUUAUUUUAAUUUUUUUUUUCCUAUAGCUACACUUAAACUAGUUCAUAGCACGGGCAUCUUGAGAUUAAAAAUAAAAAGUAAUAUUAUUCUAAGUCAGAAUCCUUUUGUCACCGCACUUUACAACACUGCGCUCAGCACGGUCUAGUGCGCAUGUGCAGUUUGGCAAAGGGAAGUCUGGGCUGAAAUAAUAAAACGCGCAUGCGCAACAUCUCUCUCUUUGCAGCAUGGAUCCUACAACGGAGGGUAUUUUCAAGGGCCGCGGAGUCGCCAGAGCAGUAUGCAUUACCAUGCUGAAUUACACCUAUCCAGGAAACCCAGAUGAUGACGUGAUAUCGAGACUUCAAGAAAUGAACUACUGGAAAGAAGUAACCUGAGCAUGGAUGUCUCAAGACAAGUAAUAGGUUGAGAGUGACAAGCACUUAUUUGAAUUGGCUGCAGUUUGUGCUGCAUCAUCAAGAGUAUCUUAUGUGGGCAGUUGGUGCAAUUGAGAUGUUUCUUCUCUCUUCAGAAAUGAACACAGAUAUUACAAACUGAACAUGGAUGUCUCAGGACAUGUGAAUUUACAGAGAGAAAGACAUCUGUGACCUUGGAGGUACAAGUUACUGAUUACUUGUUUGGACAAGAUAGGAAAGAAAAUUGAAAAUACAUAUGGUAGCAGCUCCUGGUGCAUAGUUGAAUACAAACUUGCAGGAUCUGCUGGUGGAACUCUUCCAAGGUCAGGUCUCGUCUGUGCAGGGACUCCAGGUCACGCAGAUCACAGGGAAACACCGCAUCAGGGGGAAUAACAAGCGCUGAGGCCCCUGCAUUCCCAAGACAGACUCUCAAGAACAUGCUGUAAUAAGAGUUUGAUCUUGACCCUUAAAAUAUAGUGAACUAAUAAAUGUGAUAAAAGGUGAAUGUUGAAACCUUCAUCUAAAGUU